AUGCGUCUUCCAGCAGAAAACAUGCUAGCACCCCUCGCCUUCGCUUGUGUAGGAACCUGGAUCCUCUUCCAGCUGGGAAAAUGCAUAUACAAUCUCUUCUUCCACCCGCUUCAUCAUAUCCCUGGCCCGUGGCUCGCGGCCGCAACAUACCUCCCGGAAUUUUACUAUGAUAUAGUGCAGGGAGGCCGGUACACGAGACGGAUCCAGCAGAUGCAUGAGAAAUACGGCCCCAUUGUCCGCAUCAGCCCGCACGAGAUCCACUGCAACGACUUCCGCUUCAUCAACGAGAUCUACGCGAGCGGAAGCAGGAAGCGCGAUAAGCCUGCUCACCAGGUAACAGGGAGUGCAGGAAUCCAAGCGCUAGCGACCUUCUCCACGACCUCCCACUCCACACACCGGCUGCGCCGCAACGCACUGAACAAGCUCUUUUCACGCGCGCAAGUCCUGAAACUCGAGCCUAUCGUCCGAGACCUCGGCGAGCAGCUCUGCGAGAAGAUUCUGCGUACGGAGAAAGCGCAGCCGUUCAUGGCCGGACACGCGUAUAGCCAGUGCACGACGGACGUGAUCUCGGGAUACUGUCUCGGCGAGAAUCUGGGGCUGCUUAAGAGCGACGGCUGGGAGUUUGGGUUCUCCGAUGAGCUGACGAAGGCGCUCAGGUUGGGAUAUGUGAUGCGGUUUGUGCCGUGGUGGGCAGAUGUCCUGUGGGCUGUUGAGGAGAUCCGCAGCCUUGUGAUGGGGAAGCCGGAGAAGGCAAGGGCGUCGGAUGCAUUCAUAGCAAACAUGCCAGCUUACAUCAAGAAAGCCCAAGCAGAAGUGGCCACCAAGCAGGGGGCAGAAACACCAAAGACCACGGUCUUCACCUCAAUCCUACAAUCCGAUCUACCCGCGCAAGAGAAGACCCUCGACCGCAUGACCAGCGAAGGAAUCUCGCUCUUUGCCGCCGGCACCGAGACAGUCAGCUGGGCCCUUACGGUCGCCACGUUCCACCUGAUUUCAAACCCUAAAAUCCUCGAGAAGCUCACGGCCGAAGUAUGCCCCCUCAUCAACGAUCCAGAGAAGACCACCUGGUCAAAACUCGAGGGUCUGCCCUACCUCGGCGCCGUUAUCCACGAGUCCCUGCGGCUGUCGUAUGGCGUCGCCAGUCGGACGGCGCGAGUCCCGACGGACGAGGAUCUGGUUUAUCGCGGCGAAUGGGAGCCUGAGGGCAUACACUAUGUCAUCCCUAGGGGCUCGGCGAUUGGGAUGUCCUCUGCAGUCACCCACCACGACGAGAGGGUCUUUCCCGAUUCGCACUCUUUCAUCCCAGAGCGGUGGCUGGAUGAGAAGGGGCAAAGGAGAAAGGAGCUUGAUCGGACGCUGUUGUCUUUCUCGAAGGGGAGCAGGGGGUGUGUCGGGAUAAAUCUCGCCUACUGUGAGCUCCAUCUCCUGCUCGCGUUGCUUGUUGUGCGGGCUUUUCCACACCUGAAGCUGUACGAGACUACGGAGGCUGAUGUGGAGUACGACUAUGACUUUUUCACUAUGUUUCCGGUCGCGGGGAGCAAGGGGGUUAGGGUUGUGGUUGUUUGA